GGUCUCCAAAAUUCGAACGUCUAGAGAGAGAGAGAGAGAGAGAGGAGAGCGCUCGCGACGCCGUCGGAGCCGGAGCUCCGCCGCCAUGGCCGCCGUCCUCGACUCUCAUUUCCUCGCUCUCACCGCCAUCGUCACCGUCGUGUACCAGGCGCUGUUCUUCGUCGUCACCGCUCUCCUCAAGUUCGAUAAGGUCACCGAUUUCGCCGGAAGCACCAACUUCGUUAUCAUUGCUCUGUUGACGCUGAUUGUCAAGGGGGCAUGGCAUUUCAGACAGGUGGUCCUGACAAUUCUUGUAGUAAUCUGGGGUCUCCGACUGGGUCUCUUUCUGUUAAUGAGAAUUCUAAAUUGGGGGGAAGACAGGCGAUUUGAUGAGAUGCGCAGCAAUUUGGGGAAAUUGGCGAUUUUCUGGAUUUUCCAGGCUGUCUGGGUUUGGACAGUUAGUUUACCAGUAACUGUGGUGAAUGCAAGCAACAGAGAUCCAUCUCUCCAAGCUCGGGACAUAGUUGGGUGGAUUAUGUGGCUUCUGGGUUUUUUGGUUGAAGCAGUAGCUGACCAGCAGAAAUUGAACUUCAAGAAUUCUCCCGAAAAUCGAGGGAAAUGGUGCAAUAUUGGACUCUGGAGUUAUUCUCGGCAUCCAAACUAUUUUGGUGAGAUCUUACUAUGGUGGGGAAUCUUUGUGGCUUCCACCCCUGUACUCAAAGGUUCUGAGUGGCUUGUAAUUUUCGGGCCAAUCUUCCUCACGUUGUUGCUUCUGUUUCUCAGUGGCAUUCCUUUACUUGAGGAAUCGGCAGACAAGAAAUAUGGCAAUGCGGCUUCAUACAGGAUAUAUAAAAGAACAACCAGCCCUCUCAUUCUGCUUCCUCCAUCAGUUUAUGGCAACCUGCCUCCAUGGGUCAAAACAAUCUUUCUCUUUGAGUUUCCUUUGUACAGUCGGAAUCUUCCUGACGAGGGUGUGAACUGGUAUAGAGAAGUCGAUCAGAAGCAGCGGCGUGACUGAGGAUGGGUUAGCGCGAUGAAUUCUCUGGAGUGGUGGUAUCCAUAUUUGUAGAGAUUGAGGUACAUACAAUGAUGUUUGACGUCUGUAAUAAACAAAGGGGCUUUUAGUAAAAUGUUCAUCAUUUCUAGCUUCUAACU